AUGGGGCCUCGGCCUGAACACCUGCGCCUCCGCCGCCUCCUCGACGAGUCCCUCCGUCCCUUUUCGGAUACUACCGCCAUUAAUCUAACCGAAGAACUCGAAAAGGAUCUUCUCAUCGCUCUAUCUCAGGUCCUUAGACGAAUUAAACAGUGGGCUUGUGAUUUUGAUUCUGAUGAGGAGCCACUGGCCGAGCCGGUUGACGAUACAGAGUGUUCUGUUUCCUUCGAUUCGCAUACGGACAGUUGUCAUAGUUCGAAUAAGUUCGUCGGUGACUUGAUAUUAUUGCUUAAUGUUGAAAGUCGAUAUGCUCAGCUCUUGGUCGAAAAUAUACUUGUAGCAAUUUCCGAGUUUCUCCUUGUGUCGGAUAGUGGUUGGGAUGAUUUUAUGCAGUCGUUAUGUCUUUGCUUAGAAGGGGCAAUUUCAAAAUCUUUGUUGGAUACGAAAAGUGCUAAUUGGCCCGUUAUGGCUUCAAUGUUUCGUGUUUUACGUAGCAUAUUAAAGUUCAUUAAGCAAGAUUUUGACAACAAAUUAAUGGAAGCACACUUAGUUUCCAUCAUCUCGUUACUUCUAAAUUUACCUUGGGAUGUAUUGAGAAAGGCCUAUUUUGGUCAAGAAUUCGAGACUCUUCAGGGGUCAUCUAGAGAUGAUGCUUCACUACUACAAAAGGAGGUUGUUAAGUUGAAAGAAAUUAUUACCAUGUUUUUCGGCAAUCUCGUUCAGUUUCUCUGUUCUUUGGUGUCCCACAUUGAUUCUUUAGAUGAUGGAGGUGGUGUUCCAACAGUUAUGUGCAGAACUAUUGACCUCGUUCCCAUGCUCACGACCUGGUGCAAUACCGAGCUUCAAAAUUCUCUUCAUGUUCGCAUCUCUCAUUAUCUUAGACAUAAAGUGUUGAUGCUAAUGGUCAAGCUGAGCUCUAAUACUCUCAUCGAGCAAACUAUACAUGUGAAAUGGGUAGAUCAUUUAUCGAGCCACUUUCAAGAUCUACUAUUGCAACCGAUAUCUAGGGGCGAAUCUGACCAAGUUGAUUUUUUAGAAGGCUCGCCAUUCUGUACAAGCAUUGUCGAUCAUGACAGUCAAAAUGAUGUGCCGAGUCACCAUUUGCAGAGGUUGACCGUUUUUCUGUUCUUGAAGUGUUGUCUAAGUCUGAUUGGGACGAAAGGACAUCUGAAUGUGGAUUCAGAAUGUUGCACUGAAAAUAUGGGAUUAGCUAAGCUUUACGAGUGGUUCCGAACUCAAAUUCCCCCUGAUAUUCUAGUGAAUGAUGAGCUGUAUUUUGAUCGAUGUGUGAGAUUUACUUUCUCCUUCCUCCAGCUAUUUAUGCCUGAGGACGAUAUCUUGUUUCAAAUGCUCUUGCAACUGUUUCGAGUACCAUUUUAUCCAACGCGUCGAGUUACGAUUAAAAACGAUCCUUUAGCUGACGUGAAGAAUCACUCGGUUUUUCUUGUUUCUGACGUGUUUAAUCCCAUACAUAUCUUUCAUCUUUUUCUUGCUCAGAUACACUAUGAUCAUCAAGUUUUUCUGGACUAUCUUAUCUCGAAAGACGCUGGAUCCAGCUCUGCAGAGUACCUUUUGAGGUCACUAAGGGUCCUCUGCAAUUCAUGGAGUUCGUUUGUUGAAUUUUUGGGGUUAGGUCACAAAAGGCAAAAAGUUUUACACUCUACGCAUGGCACAAAGGACUUUACGAGUAACACAUUGCCGUUUGUGGCUGCAAGGGAUUGUUUGGUUUCUCUGAAGAAAUCCAUCAACAAUCUUAACCGAAAGAAUUUAUUUCCAUACAAUCCUCAAGCGCUUCUAAGGCGUUUGGUGAGAUUUGAGGAGCUCUGCUUAAAGCAAUAA